GCGACGUGGUAUUCGGCUGCUGCUCUUGCCAGUCUUGGGAACUGCGCAGAAGAGAAGGGGAAUAAGAGAAUGAAAGAGACGAGUCUUUUCGUCAAGAAUUUCAGGACAACGAGGCGAUCUGCGGGGCUGUUACUAUCGUUAUUCGUUUAAACACUGCAGUUGCUAGCUAUUGCAUAUCCAGACGCGUUUUUCUCUUUGGAAUUAGCUCUCGAAAAUAACAUUUAAACAGUGACAAACGGCCCGCUCUUCUCCAGUUCAAAUAACGAACCGUGCGCGUACCGUAUGGCGUUUCGAAUGAAUUAAUAGCCUCCGAGUUAUACUCCCAAGACCCUUGUGUCGUCUGUUAUAAUUAGUUGCCUGGCUCUCGCUUUGCAAACAUUGUGAAAACCAAGACGAGUUAAGUUAAAUGUGCCAGAGUAAAAUAAUUGUGUGAUGGGAGCUGCAAGCCAGCGUUUCCCAGUGUUGUGAGCUAGCCAAGCCAGCAAGCGCAGGCGUCUAUUGCGAGGUGUCUGCACUUCCGCGGUUCUGUCCUGGCAUUGACAGGCUUGUGUACCUUUUUCUUUUGACUGGAGCAUCUUGCAGUAAGCGCGUUGUACAAUAGCGAGGUCGCUGUCUUGAUGCUAUACAGCGCUGUUACAUUAACACCAGAAACCUGAACAGGGUACAUGCAGUGGCAGGCUUUAGGGAAUUUAGUUGUGAUUAUUAGCAUCGUGGAGUUUGUUGUGUAACGUAAAAUUUGGCUAAAAACUUUACUUCACUCUUGUGACAGAUAUAGUGGGGACAUUAUAAACAUCUUGUCAUAACAUUGUUAUCUGUUACCUGCCAGUAUCAUAUAGCGGGGACAAAAAUGAUCCCUGACAAGGUACCACACGAGGACGUUUAUCGGGCACCCCACGACCUGGCAAAAGGCGCUCAUGUACCCAACUUUCAGAAGUACAAAGAGCUCUACCUGAAGUCCAUUCAGAAUCCAGACGACUUUUGGGGCAGCAUUGCGGAAGAUUUCUUCUGGAAGACCAAGCCCAGCGGGAAGUUCCUGGACUAUAACUUCGACGUGACGAAGGAGAAGAUCUACGUCAAGUGUAUGGAGGGGGCCACCACCAACAUCUGCUACAACGUCCUGGACCGGCAAGUCCACGAACACAGCCUGGGGGACAAAGUGGCCUUCUACUGGGAGGGGAAUGAGCCAGGAGACGAGCUGACAGUGACCUACAGUGAGCUCCUGCAGCAGGUGUGCAGGUUCGCCAACGUCCUCCGGUCCCUGGGGGUAAAGAAGGGGGACCGGAUCUCCAUUUACAUGCCCAUGGUGGUGGAGUUGGUCGUGGCCAUGCUAGCGUGCGCUCGGAUCGGGGCGGUGCACUCCAUUGUGUUUGCGGGGUUUUCGGCGGAGUCGCUGUUCGACAGGAUCUCUGACUCGCAGUGUUCCAUGCUAAUCACUGCCGACGGGUUUUACAGAGGAGACAAGCUGAUCAGCCUGAAGGUUAUCGCUGAUGAUGCUCUUCAGAAAUGCAGAGAAAAGGGUGUGCCGGUCCACAGGUGCAUUGUGCUGAAACACCUGUCUAAAGAAGAGCCCGGCUACCAGUCUCCACCUGCCAAACGGCCCUGUCCUGACCUCCAGCCGGAGAGCCCCAGAGAACAUGUAAGGAAAACCCGGCCCAAGCCUCAGGUGCCCUGGAACCCCGAGGUGGACCUGUGCUGGCACACGCUGGUGGGCGGGGCCUCUGAGGACUGUGAGCCUGAGUGGUGUGAGUCAGAGGACCCCCUGUUCAUCCUGUACACCAGCGGCUCCACCGGGAAACCCAAGGGCGUUCUGCACACAGUUAGCGGCUACAUGCUGUACACAGCCACUACCUUCAAGCUGGUGUUUGACUACCAGCCUGACGAUGUGUACUGGUGCACAGCUGACAUUGGCUGGAUUACAGGCCACUCCUACAUCACCUAUGGCCCACUGGCCAAUGGGGCGACUAGCGUGCUGUUUGAGGGCCUGCCCACGUACCCGGACAUGAGCCGCAUGUGGGCGGUUGUGGAAAAGUACCAGGUGACCAAGUUCUACACCGCGCCCACCGCCAUCCGCUUGCUGAUGAAGUAUGGCAGCGCCCCGGUGCAGAAGCACAAGCGGGACUCCCUGAAGGUGCUGGGCACGGUCGGAGAGCCCAUAAACCCGGAGGCCUGGCAGUGGUACUACAGUGUGGUCGGGGAGAAGAGGUGCCCGGUGGUCGACACCUUCUGGCAGACUGAGACCGGGGGGCAUGUGCUGACCCCCCUCCCUGCUGCCACACCCUUGAAGCCAGGAUCGGCUACGUUCCCGUUCUUCGGCGUUGUUCCCGCCAUCCUGAAUGAGUCUGGGGAGGAGCUGGAGGGGCCGAGUGACGGUUACCUGGUGUUUAAACAGCCCUGGCCGGGCAUCAUGAGGACCGUCUACGGAGACCACCAGAGGUUUGAGGCCACCUACUUCCAGAAGUUUCCUGGAUACUAUGUCACAGGAGACGGCUGCAGACGGGAUCAGGACGGAUACUACUGGAUCACCGGCAGGAUAGAUGACAUGCUCAACGUCUCAGGGCACCUGUUGAGCACGGCGGAGGUGGAGUCGGCCCUGGUGGAGCACCCUGCCGUGGCGGAGGCUGCAGUGGUGGGCCGGCCCCACCCGGUGAAGGGGGAGAGCCUGUACUGCUUCGUCACGCUCAGCGACGGGAUUCGCUACACCGCCGUCCUGGAGGCGGAGCUCAAGCAGCAGGUGCGAGAGAAGAUUGGGGCCAUCGCCACUCCCGAUUACAUGCAGAACGCGCCUGGACUUCCCAAAACAAGAUCUGGGAAGAUCAUGCGCCGCGUCCUGCGUAAGAUCGCGCGGAACGAGCGGGACCUGGGGGACGUGUCCACGCUGGCCGACAGCUCCGUCAUCGAGCAGCUCUUCAGCGACCGCUGCCCCACCGCCCUGUGACCUGGGGCAACUGCUCCCCCUCUGCUGCCCCUCUGCUGCCCCACUGCUGCCCCUCUGCUGCCCCACCGCCCUGUGACCCGGGGCAACUGCUCCCCCUCUGCUGCCCCACUGCUGCCCCUCUGCUGCCCCACCGCCCUGUGACCCGGGGCAACUGCUCCCCCUCUGCUGCCCCUCUGCUGCCCCACUGCUGCCCCUCUGCUGCCCCACCGCC